AUGUGCAGACUACCAAGAGUGAUGGAAGCCGGAGUCCUCUGCAAGAAGCACACAGCAUCCACCCUGGCUGAAACAUGUCAGCAGUGUGGUGGGGUGGGGGAUGGAGUUGAAGAAGAGUUUACAGAACAACAGCUUGAAAGGGACCACUCAGCACUGGAGACAAUACGCCAUUGUGUCAAUUCAAGUGAAGUUGACAAAGGAUGGCGGUCUGAAUUCAGGCAGUGCCAGGUGGAUGUUAAAAAUGGAGAUUUGCAAAUUAUUGAUUUUAGAUUUUUCAAGUCUUGGUUAGAUCAAGCCUUCAAGGUGGCGCUAAAGAAAGACAAGAAGCCUAAGAAGUCAACCUGGAACUUUAAUUUGGAUCUUACUCAUCCAGUAGAAGAUAGGAUUUUUGAUUCUGGAAAUUUUGAACAGUUUCUGCAGGAAAAGCUUAAAGUGAAUGGAAAGACUGGAAAACUUGGGAAUGUCGUUCACACUAAAAGCCUCAAGAAUAAAAUCGUGGUCGUUUCUAAGAAAUGGUAUUUGAAGUAUCUAACCAAGAGUUACCUUAAAAAGAACAAUCUUCUUGAUUGGCUUCAUGUGGUUGCAUUUGACAAGGAGACCUACGGGCUUUGUUACUUCCAGAUUAGUCAAGAUGAAGGUGAAUCUGAGUCUGAGGACUAG